AUGCGGCCGCGCUCCUACCGCCAGGACUACACCGAUCACGAUUUCGCUAAAACAUGGUCCUGGUUGCGCACCGACAAACUUACCCCUAAUAGUAUCCGCCCCAGCCCUUGGCACGAGAAGCCUAUCUGGCGUUGGAACUACCGCAAACGCACUAAGGAAACAGUCGUCUACUCCUCUAAUAAGCCCAAAGACGCACCCUUCCUUCGCUCCCUUGCCCCAGGCGACCGCAUCACCAUCGCUCCUGUGCUGACGUAUGCUGCGUGGGAGGCGAAUAUCGAGUGGGCGCACAUCUCUAUCGAUAUGGCGCUUAUCAGGAACGCGUUCAGCAAUUAG